GCCUGUGGCCUUUGUUCUGCUGAGAUGCUUCAAACCUUCAUUAAAAAAGUCUGGGUCCCCAUGAAACCCUACUAUACCCAGGUUUACCAGGAGAUCUGGGUAGGAGUGGGGUUGAUGAACCUCAUCCUUUAUAAAAUCAGGAGUGCUGAUAAAAGAAGUAAAGCUUUGAAAGGCUCCAGUCCUGCACCUGCCCAUGGCCAUCACUAACUGCUCCGAGUAUGAAUAUGUCAGCUAAACUGAAGCCAGCUGUGUUAGAUGGGAACACAGAACAUCACUGUACACUCACCUAGUACCAUUUAUAAUGUGGCAUUAAUAAAUGUGUCUGAGA